GCGGUGGGCGGAGCGCGCCUCUACCUCCCUUCCCAGGCUCUCCUAGCCCUGCACACCGCCGUGUGCCGCUCGCAUCUCCCUGCCCCGUCGCGCAGGGUCGCUGCCGCUGCGGCGUGGGCGUCCGGCUUUCGGGUCGUCAUGGCUGGCUACGAAUACGUGAGCCCAGAGCAGCUGGCGGGCUUUGACAAGUACAAGUACAGUGCUUUGGAUACCAACCCGCUCUCUCUGUAUAUCAUGCAUCCAUUUUGGAACACUAUAGUGAAGGUAUUUCCUACUUGGCUGGCUCCCAAUCUUAUAACUUUUUCUGGCUUUAUGCUGGUUGUAUUCAACUUUCUACUUCUGACAUACUUCGAUCCUGACUUUUAUGCUUCAGCACCAGGUCACAAGCAUGUGCCUGAUUGGGUGUGGAUUGUCGUGGGCAUCCUCAACUUUGUUGCCUACACUCUAGAUGGAGUAGAUGGAAAACAAGCACGUAGAACCAAUUCCAGCACCCCGUUAGGGGAGCUGUUUGACCAUGGCCUGGAUAGUUGGUCAUGUGUUUACUUUGUUGUGACGGUGUACUCCAUCUUUGGUCGAGGACCGACUGGCGUCAGUGUGUUUGUUCUUUAUCUCCUGCUAUGGGUAGUUUUGUUUUCUUUUAUCCUGUCUCACUGGGAGAAGUAUAACACAGGCAUUCUUUUCCUGCCAUGGGGAUAUGAUAUUAGCCAAGUGACUAUUUCUUUUGUCUACAUAGUGACUGCGGUUGUGGGAGUUGAGGCCUGGUAUGAACCUUUCCUGUUUAAUUUCUUAUAUAGAGACCUAUUCACUGCAAUGAUUAUUGGCUGUGCACUAUGUGUGACUCUUCCAAUGAGUUUAUUAAACUUUUUUAGAAGUUAUAAAAGCAACACCCUGAAGCACAAUUCCGUUUAUGAAGCCAUGGUCCCCUUCUUCUCUCCGUGUUUGCUCUUCACUUUGUCUACAGUGUGGAUCCUUCAGUCGCCCUCAGACAUUUUAGAAAUACACCCUAGAGUAUUCUACUUCAUGGUUGGAACAGCUUUUGCCAAUAUCACAUGUCAGCUAAUCGUUUGCCAAAUGAGCAGCACACGGUGCCCGACUUUGAACUGGCUGCUGCUUCCUCUCUUCUUGAUUGUGGCAACAGUGAUCGUAGGUGCAGUGUCCUCCCACGUUGAGAGUGCUCUUCUCUACACGCUCACAGCCGCCUUCACUCUGGCUCACAUCCAUUAUGGAGUACAAGUGGUGAAGCAGCUGAGCAACCAUUUUCAGAUUUACCCUUUCUCAUUGAGGAAACCAAACUCAGAUUGACUAGGAAUGGAAGAAAAGAACAUUGGCCUGUAACCUUCAGGAAGUACUGUAAAUAGAUGCUUGUAAAUACUUCAUCCAUCACCAUUGAACUAAACUGAUCUGCUUGACAGACAUGGGACCUCAGUGUGUGGUAUGUGGACAACAGGAAUGAAACAUUAUCUGAGCUUGUGGAAUUGUGGACUUUCUAACUCCCAACUUUAUUAUUAUUAUUAUUAUUUUUUAUGAAACCAUGAGACAUUUGGUUAAGCACAGUGCACAUUAAACCAGCUAAAUGUUCCUAGCUUCAUGAAUGAGUCCAUGAUAUUUUGACUCAUGCAGAGUUGAAGGUGAUUUAUGUUUAAAGUCCCCAAGGUGAUACACAACACUAGUAACAUUCAGGUAGCCACAGCAUGUCUUAAUAUCUGAUACUUUGUAAUAGGUUGUUAGCUGUGGGAAUGAUAGCCCAAAUCUAAUAGAGAGGUGUCAAAAAAAAGCCUCUUCAGCCAGAGAUGCAGAACAGUGCAGUUGCCAAAUUCUGGUUGCUCUUCAGUGAACGGCCUUCUCCACCUGCUGUGGGAGGUUGUCUAGUAUCCUGGCUCUUGUUAUAGCUAAAUCCCGAUAAAUGGCUUAAUUUUCCUUUAGAGAGAAGUGUUCUGUUGAUAUUAGUAUAGACUGGGUUAUAAUUACAGCUUACCAUUGUAGCACGGCAUUGUUUAAUUGUGACAUUUCCUCCUGUCAGCCGUGAGUUGCUGCGCUUGCUUGAGCAGUGGUUUUUAAGAAGGCAUGGGAUAGUCCCAAUCUGCCGUACUUCCUUGUGAGAGGAAACACACACUGGAGUUAGGAAUCUCAGAACUUCCCGGUGACCACGGUUAGCACCCUGACACUGUCUGUCUGUCUUUGCUUGCUUUCAUUCUCUCCUGGGGGUGAGGUGCUAUGGUUUUUAAUCUCACAACAGGAUAAAGCAGAGAGAUAGCCUCUCUCCCCUAACUUGCCCACCUUUCAAUUUAAAGAAAACUUUUGAUAUAUAUGCCUUACUGAUUAUUUACUUCCUUAAUAUGACUCAAAAUAAUUUUUGAGGUUUACUGACAACAUAAAAAAUCCCUUCAGCUGUAUUGUGGUUAUUUUGUAAAUCACACCUUUUUAUGAAUGUGGAUCUUUCUUUGGGCUUUAUCUUUAUUUAGUUUGGUGGUGGUGAGUUUUACUUGCUUAUUUUAUUUUCCACUGAAUGAGGUUUGUGCUUAAAUGAAGAGUGUGUCUUAAACCCUUUUUUUUUGGACAGGUUGCACUUGGAUAAAAUAGGCACCACUGUGUUGAUAUGUAAUUAAAUUCAUAACUGUUAUUUAUCUGUGAAUGUGACCAUCCUUAAAUAUUGUAGCUCAUUCCUUUUUGAAUAUCUCUCUGCUGCUUUGUAAAAAAAUAACUAAUUGAUACUUCCCGUAAACACUUUUUAAAUUCUAAUCAUUGUCAUCCAGCUGUUGAAAAUGAGUCCAGGAUUUAACUCACAGUUCUGUGCUCAGUUUUCAUUGUUUGUAGGGCUUACGUGUAUUUGGGGACAUUCUGUGACACAGAAAAUGAAAGCAAAAAUUGAUGAGAAAUUGCUGUGGGAAAUGGGUAGUGAUUCUGUGUCAAUAAAUUGCCAUCAUGGAGGUCAGAAAAUGAGCCAGGUGUGUGUGGAGAGCUGCUCUGUGUACCUGCGCUCUGUAGAACAGAAUUGGGUAACUUUGUUAUAAGGUUUUUUGGCUAAUCAUUUUACUGUUUUCUUGACCUUGUACACAAGAAUAUUCAUUUGUAUAAGGGAAUAUAACUGAUAAAUAUUUAUAAAAUAAUGAAUCUGGACCACAGGCUUUCUUCACCUUGUACAGUAGAUUGAAGAAUCAUGUCCUAGAAUUUUGAGGCUCUUUCUUCUUCUUCUUCAAAAUGUGUUUGUCUUCUUUGUUGCAUCAAGUGGAUUUGAAAAUGUUUUGUGCCUUUUGUUCUAGAUUUUUUAAACAUGUCUCUGUGAUGGUAAAGAAUUCUGUUAAUAGUUUUGUUGACACUGUCUAAUGGAAGAGGAGUAAAAGGUACUGCAAGCUGAUGUACACUGUUUUGAGUGACUUGACUUCACAGCUCUUCCCAGGUGACAAGAGCUGCCUUUCAGGGAGCAGCAUGGUGUUGGGAGCGUCCUCACACGCCUUCUGUGCUUGCUGGAUAGAGGUCCUUACCCAAGCCUGGGGUUUGCCUCGUCAUGCUCCUGGACCACGUUACAGACACCAUUACAGACACCAUUACAAGUUCCUUUUCAGGUUAUUGUAUGAAAAAGCCCUUUCAGGCUUGUCAGAAAAUAAUCUCCCAGUGUUUGAGAGGGCGUGGGAUAGAAAAACAUUAAUAAUAUUUGGAUAGAACCUGCCACUUGUGAUCUUUCAAUAAUGUUUAUGAUCUUAUUGCAGUGCGCUGUGUGCUUCCAAAAAUAAUAGUAGAAUCUAUAGGUUUUAGAGCAAUAGAGUAACUUUGAAGUAAAAAUAUAACCAUUCUUUCUUGGCAUUUCAGUAUCAUGAUUAAAAUACUUUUAAUUCCAGUUUUGAAAAGGAAAUGGUGAGCAUGGUUUAGGUGUCACAGUACCACAGCUAAUAUGCCAUUUGUUCUCUCCUGAGGCAUUGGGAAGGGAGGUGCACAUCUGGGAUUGGCACAUGCUAAGCAGAUGCCCAGAGCUGGCCGUGACUUGGAGCCUGAACAUUAAGGGACUUUGUUGUUGUCAGAGGGGUUUCAGGAGGAACCUUGCUUCCUGAAACCACUUCAACUCCAUGACCUAUCGAGAGUAAAAAGGUAGUUUGGAGGUGUUUUAAGUCCAGGACUACUUUUCCCCUUUAAAUUCUGACUUGAAACCUGCUUGCAAUUCUUCCUGUCGGCUAGCCAACACCUAGGACAGAGAGCUCGCUGCGUCCUGGCUGGGUUGCAGCUGGAUGUUGCCACCUUCAGAUGGUUAAUGCCUUAUAUUUCUUGGCCGGUGAAAGACUGCAACAAUCCCAGAGAAGAAAGUAAAACCUGUGGGCUUACCGCUUCUGACUUUGGGUCUCUAAACUAGCCAGAAACAGAUGGAGAAAUUGAAUUGAUUGUGAUUGAUUGUUUGGGGUGGCCUUUUCUUGACUUCCUUGUUGUUUUAUAUAACAAAAAUCUCAAUUGUUCAAUUUUACCAAUAAAGACUCAGAAUACAGGUGCUGGGGUAAAAAAGCCUGCUAGCACAGAGAGGCAGGGAAGGCUCCCAGCUGAACUGCCUCUUCAGCCAACGUCCAAAAAGAAGGAAGAGCUCCUUCAAACUGAAUGCCCCUCCCUUCUACUUCCGGUGUGUCUCUCUAUCCAUCCUCCUGACUUCCUCUUACUCUCUGGUUCUUUCUUAUGUUCACUCCCUGUCAGCUGGUUACUUACUGCAUCUCUUGACUAAUGGCUGACUUUAGUUAAUCUUGUUUACAAUAUUCAAGCAGAAAGCUCUUGAAUUAAAGAUGUGUGCUAGGGCUGAGCCACACCACAACUAGAAACAGGGUUUCCAGUAAACAACACGAUCUCAGGGUUUGCGGUGUGAACAAAUAUCCUGCAACACCUACUUCUGGGCUUGGUCAAGGCCUCUUUAGGAAAUCUGUGACGUCAGAGCAGAAGUUUCUUUGUCCCAUGAAAUGUUUGAAGGCAACAUGCCCUAUCUCGAGCACUCACUGUGGGUCAGUAAUCCUAUUAUAAUUAGCUGUCCCUGCUCCAGCCUUCCAGAACGAGGGCUGUUACCUAGUGUGCUGCACCGAAGUUCUUUGAUGUGCAUUUAAAGUGACAGUCCCAACAGUCAAUGGUGUUAACUAAUCACUGAGAAACUUGAAUGCGUGAUGCUCUAGGAGUCUUAAAAAGGUAGUGUAAAUGUCUGCUUUGCCUUUGCUAGUUGUGUAAGCCACAUGGUUUGCAGAUUUUAGGUGGUUUUUGCUUGUGUGUUUUGUUUUUAAAUCAUGUCUGACAGUGGUACAAAUGACUGACCUCUCAACAGGCCAUGGCUUCAGGGAAUGCGGUGAAUUGUGGCCAUUCAGAGAAAGCAGUGACCUGUGUGCUUCUUUCUCACACGAGCCGUGGGAGUUGGACUUGCUGGCUGGUUUAGGUCCAGUGUUUGACAAACUAACUGUGACUUGCUUUUCUGUCCUGCGUGUUAGUAGUUGCUUUGCUCUUUCAUAAACAGAUGUCACGUGAGAGUACACCAGUGGCUUCUUGUCCAUCUAUCUUGUAAGCAUGGAUAUGUUCUUUUUUUGUUUUUUAAGAUUUAUUAAUUUAUUUUAUGUAUAUGAACACUUGUUUUCAUGCACAGCAGAAAAGGGAAUCAGAGUCCAUUACAGAUGGUUGUGAGCCACCAUGUGGUUGCUGGGAAUUGAACUCAGGACCUCUGGAAGAACAGCCAGUGCUCUUAACCGCUGAGCCAUCCCUCCAGCCCAGAGACAGAUUCUUUUUAUAGAUGUUUGGUAAGUUCACACUUAGGGUAGUAGGAGUUUUGCUAUUUGGAGCCCUCCCACAGGCAGCCUGAGCAGGGAGGUUUUGUUCAUUCAGUGAGGAAGGCUGGGUUCCCAGGAUGGAAAGCGACACACGGAAUGAUUGUAGAGUAUUUGACAAGAGCUUGGCUCUCUAGGAAAAUACCUUUGGUUGGAACAGAAAGGUUGCUCUGGGCUUUUAGAUUGUUCUUUUCCCUUUCAGAGAAUCGUUCUUAGAAAGCUGGACCAAGUCAGAGGGUCUGGCAGUUUUGAUGGCAGCUGGAGCGUGGCCACUGGGAGUCUAAAAUAGAGAAGCCAGUGCCCUUUGAGCACAGUAAAACAAAAUCAGAGAUAGCACUGAAUCCAGAAAGUGACUAAAUACUGUGGGUGUUCUCUGUCACGCUGGCUGAGAUCUUGUAAGCAGUUUCUUUGGGUAACAACCAAAGUAAGAAUUGAAUUGUGGCUUUUCAUAAGCAGAAAUAAUCCUUCGUGAAUGCUCACUUGUGAUAUUCUUGGUAGGCACUUUUUUUUAUAUCUAGAAGGAAGAACUCAUGACCUGGAGCACGUUUAUUUCAUACUUGAGGUAGCUGAGUGGGUUACAGACGUGGCCUGUUUUAACUUGGCUGCAUCACUGACCUGUUGGGCUUACUCCAUCAAUAGCCAUGAGCACCAGAGCGACUCGCUGACUCCACUUUUCAUGGUAACAUUUGGAUGUCAGUUAUUUGGUUUAGGUCCUCAUCAGAGCAGACAUUUGAGAGACAAAAACUCAGUUAUGUAUAGUGAUUAGCUCAUUUCAAAAUGUCCCAAGAAAGCAGAAUUCAGUAUAGAACUCUGAAUUCUAGUUAAAAAAGAAAAAGAAAAAACAAUACCCCCCGUCUUUGGGCAGAGUAGAAGACAAUAGUGAGCAAGUCCUUUAAAGGAGAGACCUUUUCUUUCCUUCCUACCUUCCAGUGAUCAAGAAUGGAUGAUGGUUGAAGAAAAAGAAAUUACUACUUUUUUGAGUAAGGUUUCAUGUUCAACACUAAGACCGGGUGGCAAGAAUUUAAUUUGGUGCCUUUGUGAGCAGAAGCAAGAGUACAAUUCCACUCCUUCCCAGGUACUCAACCCCUCCUCCCUCCCCGCAGGAGCCAGUGGAGGGUGUUUGCUGCAAAGAAUGAAAUAAAGACAUCAGAUCUUUCCUCUUUCAAGUGCUUCCCACUCUAGUUGACCUGCACAGGACCUGCUGUGUUAAUACUUCAUGUGCUCUGUACAUACACACACUUAGUAGCACAGCUCUUGUCUGUGUACAUACAUGAUGCCGUAUCUAUGUGGAGUUUAUCCUUGAUUCCCAUCAGCCAGGUGGUAACCCUCAUCAGACCGUUGCUUUGGGUGGACUUGGUGUGUCCAUGGCCCACAUCUAAAGCCACUUUCCUUCCUGGAGCCAUAAUCUUUCCCCUCCAGGUCACCUCAGGCCUUGAGAAAGCCCUCAGAGCAUAUCACUUUCCACUUCCUCUUCACCAGGGAACUUGUGGGCCAGAAAGACUGGUUUCAAGAAUGCUGGCUACUAUCUUCAGGGCUGAGGUUUCUGGGUCUGCCAGGCCCUGUUGGGGCCAGAGGGCAGCUUUGGGAGCAAUGUGCCUGUGGACUCCAUUGGAGAGAUACUUGCUGAACUUUACUGGAAUGUUCCAAGUCUUGUGAUUCGAUGUAUAGUAGGAUGCUUGGGGCGUUCGAAUGUGAUCUCUGCAUUAUCUGUGUUACUGUUCCCUGUUGCUAUUCCAUAUAACCAAGACCUGACUGUUCCUUGUCACUGGAUUCUAGAAGCCUUGACUGUUCAACUGGAUUUAUGUUCGUGUCUGCUGCUCUCGACUCCAAAAGUUAAAGCAGUGGGUUUUCGAUUGUUUAAUUCUUUAUUGCUAAAUAUUUAUUGUAAUAAAAAAAUAAAUAAUUUUUAAAUCCUUUUAA